AUGUCUUAUGAGCAUGUCAAUGGAGGUGAUGAUGAGGACUUCCAAAACAACGACACUCAUCUUCCGGUCUCCCUCUCGAGGAUUACCGCAGUACACCCGGACCUGGCCAUUAGACCUUCUGUGUACUACGGAGAAGGCUCCUUCGAUGCGCCUUCCUCUGACGAAGGCGAGGGUCUCAUUGAGAAGCAGGUCAAUUUUACUCUUUUAAACGACCGGAAUGUCUUCGGUGACACGGAGCCGGGCAACGGCUUGCUAGUAGGAGGAAACCGAAGGCCCGCUAGCCUCAAGUACCUGAUUAUCUCCCUAGCAUCACUAGUUUUCCUUUCCGCCUCCAUUGGACUGUUCGCUGCGACAUCUCUGUAUAACGGUCAGACCUAUCGACUACCAGGUGCCAGGAAAAUAUCCUUGGACCAUAUAUUCAAUCGAACAUUUAGUGCCUCUCGGGAGGGUGUGGACUGGGUUCGUGAAGCCGGCGAUGGGGUGUUCUCUAUCUUUCAGAAUGGACAAAUUCAGCUUGUUGACCUAAGAAACAACAAAACGAGUGAACUUGUCUCCGCGAUAGACAUCAAGGACGAUGAGGGGAAUAUUAUUCACUGGACAGAUUGGAAGCUUUCGCCGGACAUGACGUAUAUACUUGUGAAGACCGACCAUCUGAAGCAAUGGCGUCACUCGAGUUUUGGCAAUUACUACGUGCAUAACCUGGAGACUAAAGUAACAUACCCAUUAGUGCCACCCACUCAUCCCCCAGUCAUUUCUUAUGCUACCUGGUCCCCAACCGGGCAGUCUAUCGCGUUCGUUGCUGCCAAUGACAUAUACGUUCUGCCAUCUCCGUCUGCUUCCGCUUCUCCCAUUCGUGUCACUAGCUCGGGAAAUACGUCCUUGUUCAAUGGUGUGCCCGAUUGGAUCUACGAGGAAGAGGUUUUCUCAGGCGAUUACACCCUGUGGUGGUCUCCCGACUCCAGCAAGAUUGCUUUUCUCCGCCUCGAUGAGACUGAAGUCGACGAAUUUCGGUUCCCAAUCUACAAUCCCACAGAUGAUUCUUAUGCUGUGAUUCCAUAUACCGAAGAUGUUGUCAUCAAAUACCCCAAACCAGGCUACAAUAACCCUCUUGCUUCUGUGCAUGUUUUCGACGUCGCACAGUAUCUAGAACGAUCUGAAACAUCUUCUGACUCUGCCGAGAUAUAUAUUUCUGACCUCACUUGGGAAGGUCGCUUCCCCGUAGCUAACAGUGUCAUCAUGGAUUUGACUUGGGUUGGCCAAUCGACGCUCAUUGUCAAGGAGGUUACUCGCGCUGCAGAUAAUGGUAGUGUUGUGUACUUUGAUUUAACAAACACGGGAGGUACAGAGACCUUCGGAACGGUAGUCCGAAGGCUUGGCAGUGAUGGUGAGGAAGGUGAUGAGGGCUGGAUUCAAAGUGCCCAAAAUAUUGUCCCUCUUCCAGACACCCUGCGUUCGGGGGAUUCACCUGCAUAUCUAGAUAUUGUACCAAUCGACGGCUACAACCAUAUUGCUUUAUUCGAUCCCGCUGAGAGUAAGACUCCACGCUUUCUCACUUCCGGGCCAUGGGAAGUCACGGGAGGCAUCAAAGCAGUGGAUACACAAAGAGGAUUGAUAUAUUUCCAAGCCGCACGGUCAUCAACUCAACGUCACAUCUAUUCAAUCCCAAUUUCAACAUUAAAUUCAGGAUCUGUAGAGCCGGUCUCGCUCACAGAUGAAUCAAUAUCCUCUUCAUACAGUGCUAGCUUUUCAUCUGAAGCAGGAUUUUAUCUUCUUAAUUACAACGGACCAGGUGUACCAUGGCAGCGAAUUGUCGAGGUCGGCAACAAUGCUCCAGAUUUCGAUUAUGUCCUAACGGACAACUCUGCAUUAAAUACCACACUGGCUGAAUUUGAAACUGCCAGCGUCACGUAUUCAACUAUAGAAAGUGAUGGCUUUGAACUGAAUGUGAAGGAAAUGCGCCCUCCGCGCAUGGAUGACUCAGGGCGGACGAAGUACCCAGUCUUAUUCUUCGUAUACGGUGGGCCAGAGAGUCAGCAGGUCAAUGUCGAGUACAAACGAGACUGGCAUGACUAUCUCGUUUGCACACUCCAGUAUAUCGUUGUCGUCGUAGAUGGUCGAGGGACUGGGUUCAAGGGGCGGCAAUUGCGCAACCCGGUAAGGAAUAAUCUUGGCUUCUGGGAGACCCAGGACCAGAUCAAUGCCGCACGCAUCUGGGCUGGGAAAGAAUAUGUUGACCCGAAACGUAUCGGAAUUUGGGGAUGGUCGUAUGGUGGGUUCAUGGCCUCCAAGGUUGCGGAAGCAAGUGCUGGGAUCCAUACUUUGGCCAUGGCCGUCGCUCCUGUGACCAGUUGGAGACUAUAUGAUUCCAUUUAUACAGAACGGUACAUGAGCUUACCUGACGAUAAUCCUGGAGGCUAUAUCAACGCCUCCAUUUCACAUGUAGAGGGCUUCAAGAACAUAGACUACCUCCUCGCGCAUGGCAGCGGAGAUGACAAUGUCCACUACGCAAACACGGCUCACUUGUUGGAUAUGUUCACAGAAGCCCAGGUCAGAAACUUCCGCUUCAGGAUGUUCACAGACAGUGAUCACUCAAUCAGUCGCAGAGGUGCGAAUAGAGAGGUUUACGAGUACAUGGCUCUUUUCCUUAUUGAAAAGUGGGGAAAAGGUGGUCGGCGACGCGGCUGGUGA